ACAACGGAUUCCUGUUGUUCCCAAAUACAAUAGCAAUUCACUCCGAGUCUGGAAACCCUUUCUCUUCCAGGCGCGCGUUUUCCAUUGUCAUCUAUUUACAUCUCAAAGAAAACGUCACCCACCCAAGCCCAAACAAUCAAUCAAACCUCACUUUUCAAUAAGUGAACAAUCAUUUUAUACCAUAUCAACGUGCUCUUGCCAGGCGCAAGUGUUCUCUUUUUUCUUCUAUUCUUUACACCCCAACAACCUACCUCUUGCUGUGCAUACCAUCUAUACCGAGUUGAAUAUUUCUAUUCGCAUACGCCAUCAUACUUCAGGAAGAUGAUCUUCAACAAGCUACCUUCACGACUCGGUGGCCUUCUAGCCAUCGUAGUCGCGGCACAAGCGGCCUACACGGUCCAAGACUCGUACGACCAGACCAACUUCUUCGAGGGUUUCGAGUUCUUCAACUACCCGGAUCCCACAAAUGGGUUCGUCAAGUACCAGUCCGCCGUAGAGGCUAACUCGAUGUCGCUUGCCGGCUACGCCAACGAAGGCGUCUAUCUCGGUGUCGAUUAUAAGACGAUGGACACCUCUGCUGGCCGCGGAUCCGUCCGAGUGAACUCCAAGAAGACGUACAACGAAGGUCUCAUUAUCGCCGAUAUCGCCCACCAACCCGCUGCCCAAUGCGGUACUUGGCCCGCUUUCUGGACCGUCGGACCACACUGGCCUUACGACGGAGAGAUCGAUAUAAUCGAAGGAGUGAACCUCGCUACGAACACUACGUACACUCUUCACACGGGCCCCGGCUGUACCUUCACGCAAGGAGACUGCAAUGCGCCAGGAACCGGCAACACCGGUUGUGGAACCCCGAGCCACGAUACCCAGACGCUGGCUGAUGGAUUUAACGAGAUUGGAGGGGGCGUGUACGCGCUGGAGUGGACCUCGUCAGCGAUCAACAUCUUCUUCUUCCCGCGAACGGGCGCGAUUCCAGCAGACAUCACGGCCGGAACUCCGGACCCCAGCAAAUGGGGCUCCCCUUCUACCUCUUUUACCGGCUCAGGUUGUGAUAUCUCGAGCCAUUUCAAGAACCACCAGAUUGUCUUCGACACCACGCUCUGCGGCGACUGGGCCGGCAAGGUGUUCAGCGAGGACCCCGUCUGCGGUACCAAGGCGGCGACGUGCCAGGAGUACGUCAAGAACAACCCCUCCGCCUUCAAGGAUUCGUACUGGCUCAUCAACUCCGUCAAGGUGUACUCCGACGAUUCCUCUCCCGCGGCAAAACGGAACACGGGUAUCGCGAGACGAUUCAACGCAUGAUAGAUAAUAGCCCACGCCGCGCGUAGAUCGCCGAAGAGGGGGGCUGGCUCCGAAUCUUCCGAGGAUAUCUGUCUUUUGACGCAGGGUUUACGAUUAUCGGCGUUGUUGGUUGGUUAUGGGGCAAAAGAAAAUGUGUGCAUACCCCGGGGUGUUAGCAUAGCGUUUCUCUUUUUUUCGUUUUCUUUUUUUUCAUCUAUUUGCCAUUUUCAACUCUUCUCUCUCGAACAAAGGAAAAAACACGGAGUUUGGAAGGGGGGGUGGGGGUGG